AGGCAUUUUGCUUCCGUUCAUGGCCCCCUCGUGGUACCCCAAAACUGCAACAGGCAAUACGAUCGUCCUGCUGGCUUGUACCAUUAUAACGGCCGCGGUAAGCAAUUUACCUAUUCUGUGCUAGUUCUGCAGCUAGAAGCCGGGCAGUCCUGAUGGACAUGUUGACAGACUCAAGGUUAUGACGGAGCCAUGAUGGGCGGCAUGAACAUCCUACCCCAGUAUACGGAAUACUUCCACCUCUCAACGGCAACCAAGUCCCUAAACACUGCCACUUUCUACAUUGGCGGCUGUAUGGCGUGCUGUUUCUGGGGCUGGUUGACUGACAAGUACGGCCGUCGGUGGGGACUCUUUUGGGCCGCCGUCAUCACCAUCGUCGCAGCAGUAAUCCAGGCGCUGUCAAUCCACGUCGCCAUGUUCUGCGCAGCACGUGUUCUGAUUGGAUUUGGGACGACGGCUUCUGUUAUAACAGGCCCAGCGUACCUGGCCGAGACUCUGCCUUGGAACCAACGAGCCUGGGGUCUGGCCCUCUUCGAUGACUUCUACUACGUCGGUGCCCUGGUCGCUGCGGGAACUACGUAUGGCUCCUUCAAGAUAGCAGGGACGUGGUCGUGGCGACUCCCAAGCCUCGUACAAGGGUUAUGGGGCGUUGCAUGUAUCCUGCUCCUGCCCUGGAUGCCCGAAAGCCCUCGCUGGCUUGUCGAUCAAGGCCGCGGGAGAGAGGCUCUCGCGGUACUGGCCUACGUGAACGCCAACGGGGACAUGAGGAACGAUCUGGUUCGACUUCAGUUCCGUCAAAUAUGCGAUACGAUUGGCUAUGAGCGCGACCCUAUGUCGACAUGGGAGAUGCUGCGGAAUCGAGGGGCCAGGAAGAGACUCAUCAUCACCGCUACUUGUGCAUUGUUCUCCAUGCUCACUGGGAAUAUAUUUGUCAGCUACAACAUUGGGAAGAUUCUUACGCGGGCUGGCGUCACUAAUGCUCACACGCAAUUACUGGUGAAUGUCGGUCUCAGCGCAUGGACUCUGGUCGUAUCCCUCUGCGGCAGCUUCUACACCGAUCGCAUGGGAGUUAAGUCAGCUGCCCUGCUCAGCACCGGCGGCCUCACUGUUGCUCUCUUUAUCAUCGGCAUCCUCACACGGCAAUACGGCGAGUCCGACUAUCGACCCGGUAUAUAUGCCACCGUGGCGGGUAUCUUCUUUUUCUCGACCUCCUUCGGCUUCGGUUGGAUUCCUAUCCUGUUCUUGAUCCCCGCGGAGAUGCUCUUCUUCCGGAUCCGAGCCACCGGCAUGAGCAUGUUCAGUUUGGUGAUCUGCGCGACGGGCAUCUGGAGUAAUUUUGCCUUUCCCGUGGCGCUCGAAAGGCUGGGAUGGAAGCUGUAUUUGAUCAAUGGCGGCUGGAAUAUCCUUUUCUUUGCUUUUAUUGCUUGGUAUUGGGUUGAAAUCAAGGGAAAGACAAUUGAGGAGAUUGAUGCGUUAUUUGAUGGGGUCAAGCACUCGAAUAUGCCUGAUGUUGAGGCUGUCUUACUGGGGAUUGUUAACGAUGACUGGAAGGCCAGAAUUGCUACGUGGAUGAAGAGGUUUGGAUACGAUCGAUAACAAUCCGUCAAGUGCAGAGGAAGAGUGUUUCCUGGCCUGCACAAAAACAAGUAAUAUCGUCGUU